AUGUUUAAACGGUUGAUUCCUAAGAAUAGUAAUACUACUCGAAUAGCAAAUCCAUAUUCCAAUUCACCGUUAUUGCUACGAUUCUUAACUAUGCAGUCAAAACCAUUACUUUCAAUAGAACAAUGUCGAGAAUUACCAAGUGCGAGAUUUCCUGAAUAUAUCAAAGAAGCAACUGGGAAAUUAUAUAAUGUAAUAUGGAGAUCAGCUCCACCAACAAAUAUAUAUGUGGUGAAAAAGCCUUGGGAUACAACUGUACGAGAAGCAAUGAUUGAAUUUAUAAAUCAUUUGCAUAAAGAAUAUCCAUCUGUCAAUGUCAUUGUAAGUGAAGAUGUUGCUGAUGAAUUAACUCAUGAAUUAAUUAGUACAUCUAAGAUAUUUGAUCCAAAUAUCAAGCAUACAAUAUAUACUGGAACCAGAAAAGAAAUUGUAGAAAGAACUGAUUUGAUGGUUACAUUAGGUGGAGAUGGGACUAUUUUACGAGGUGUAAGUUAUUUCCUGAAUGUUUCUGUUCCACCAGUAUUGUCAUUUGCAAUGGGUACUCUUGGAUUUUUAUUACCAUUUGAUUUUAAGAAUUGUUUUGAUACAUUUAGAAUGGUUUAUGAAUCAAGAAGUAAAGCUUUACAUAGAAAUAGAUUGGAAUGUCAUGUGAUUAGAAAAGAUCCAGAAGCUAAGAAAGAAAAUGGAGAAAUGAUUCAUGCCAUGAAUGAUAUUACAUUGCAUCGUGGUAGUUUACCAAAUUUAACUUCAUUAGAUAUAUUUAUUGAUGAUGAAUUUUUUACAACUACAGUUGCUGAUGGAUUAGUAUUUGCAACACCAACUGGAUCAACUGCAUAUUCACUUUCUGCCGGUGGAUCAAUUACCCAUCCUGCUGUACCAUGCAUAUUAUUAACACCAAUCUGUCCACGAUCAUUAUCAUUCAGACCAUUGAUAUUACCAAUCACGUCAGAUAUCAUGAUUAAAUUAUCAGAAUCCAAUAGAAAUCCAUCUAUUGAAUUAACUAUAGAUGGGAUUUCUCAACAUGAUUUACGAGUAGGUGAUGAGAUUCAUGUCGUUCUGGAUCAACAUGUGCCAACAUCUCCUGAUCUCGAUAAGAAGAAAUCAUGGGGGAUUUGGUGUAUUACUAAAGGACCCAAUGAUUGGACAAAAGAUAUUAAUGAAUUGUUAGGAUUUAAUAGUGGGUUUAGAGGUCAAAAAAAUAAACCACAACAUUUAUAG